UUAUCAAAUGGACCAGUGAAGCUUCGAUCCAUAAAUUAAUGCUUCUACCAGUGAAAUCAAGAAUAGUAAUAAUGAAACAUUCUAGAAUGUUACUACUGCUACUAUCACUAGCAUUAGUACUGCUCACAAGUAAUUGUGUCGGUCAAUUAGAUUGGGAAUGUAUUCCAUCGUGCAAAUGUAUCUGGGUAUCCGGCAAAAAAACUGCUGAAUGUAAGGAACAAAAUCUUACAAAUAUUCCUAAUGCACUAUCGAAGGAAAUCCAGCACCUUGAUCUAAGCGGUAAUUACAUUAACAGCUUAUCGGAUAAAGUCUUUACUAAAGUUAAAUUGGAUAACCUUCAAAAACUCGUCCUCUAUAAUUGUAACAUUAGUACUGUACAUGCUGAAGCUUUCAAUGGCUUACGAAUCGUUAUUGAAAUAGAUCUAUCUAAUAAUCAUAUAAGACAUCUUCAACGAGGUACUUUCGAUGAGACAGAGAGACUUAGAGUUCUUGUACUUAAUCAGAAUGAAUUGCAAAGGCUUGACGACGAUCUCUUUCAUGAUCUAAUUUUUCUACAGAAAAUCGAGCUUUCAGAUAAUCAACUCUUACAAAUAGGACAAAAAGCCUUCUGGAAUCUGCCCGGUCUGCAAACUUUAACCCUUGAUGGGAAUAAUCUUACUAAUCUCGAUAUGAAGAGUUUUGAAAACCUACCGAAAUUAGGUAGCCUUGAGCUCCAGAAGAAUCCAUGGAAUUGUGAUUGCUACCUAAAGCCUUUUCGCGAUUGGACAAUUCAACGCAAGCUUUAUACCAAACCAACGUCCUGUGAAUAUCCUUUGAGUCUUCUUCACCAAAUGUGGGACGAAAUAUCUGAUGAUGAAUUCGCUUGCAUUCCAAUCAUAUAUAAUAUUGGCAUCAUGCCACUAAGCAAUUAUGAUAGUAGCAAUGCUCAUCUAUGGUGCAGAGCAAGUGCUAAACCUAAGCCCCAAAUCACGUGGGUGCAUCGCCAAUGGGUAUUAUCUAACAGUACCAAACGUCACAAUGGAAAUAAGAAUUACAUUGUAUUAGAAACAGACGAUUGGUCUAAUCUGACUAUUCCUGGUGUUGUUUUAUCUGAUAAAGGCGAAUACAUUUGUAGGGUUAAAAACUUUGGUGGAAUUGUUGAAAAAAACGUUAGCCUUAUUAUAGGUGAAAGUAAUACCGAGAAAGACAAUGUAAUAGGAUUGCCCCUUGCUAUUGGACUUGGUCUUGUAGCUUUCCUGUUUUUAUUAGUUACCUUAACGCUUUGUGUAUGUUACUGUCGACGAAGACGAAAUCAGAGUGACCCAAAAAGCAUAGAAGCUACCUCGCUCGAUCAUCAUGGUCUUGGAGAGCAAAAAUCCUUAAUUACGGCGAUUAACCCAGUAGUUAAACCACCUAGAAGGUGCGAAGCUCCGUCUGUUACAUCUCAUGGCACCGAAAUGACCGAACUCAACCGUACUUUGCUUGAUAAUGACUCAGUUUUCACCGAUGGAGUCGGUAGCGUGAUGGGUGUCCUAGCCAACGGACUGAACGACGAGGAAAGAGGCUGCGUCACUCCGGAACUUGACUCUAUGCUAAGCGGACCCGGUUUGACUGGAGUUGGCGUAACCCACGGAGGCAACAAUAUCGGCGGUAUCGGUAGUCUCUUACGAUGUGCCACAUCUUACCGCCAAUAUCCUCCGGACCUACUAGCGUUCUCGGCUGGAUGUAAUUCCUCACCAACGAGCCAGACUUCGACGGCACCAGACAGUUCCAGGUUGCCCAACCAGACUGGACUAUUUAAUUCGCCGGCAUCCCCUUCGACGUAUGCGUCAGUAGGAUUCAAGACGCUUCCACACCCCACUCGUGCCAGCUCUGCUACGCCUUAUAGCUUAGGCCACUUGCAUUCAUCGAUGCCACGCCAUGGUUACAUAACGAUUCCUAGACGACCCAGGGCGCCCAGUUGGAGUAGUGGGCCACCGAUUUCUUCUACCGAACGAGAGAUCCUGGAACCCGUAUACGAUAACCUCGGGCGACGUACGACCGCCGAUGGAAGCUCAGUGCCAUCGUUAAACAAAAGUCCAGAACCCGGUUUAUCGAUGAGAGGUCGACCUCUACCUUCGACACCGAACACCCCCUCUUCUUCAUCCCCACAUAAUGCUUUAUCACUUCCGCGGCCACCUCGCAACUUGCAGUUGAAUCGGUCGGCACCGGAAGGUGCAGCCGAAUGGACAACCAAUCACAUCGACGAACAGCAGCAACAACAGCGAAGGCAAUCGCAAAGCGACAAUGAGAGCGAGCAUUCGCAAACGUCAACAAUAAUGACGAAAACACUGGACAAUUGCCCAAACGCAAAUGCGUUAUCGCGUAAAGUGCCGCCAAGGCCGCCACCGAAACCUAAAAAAAAAAAUUCCACUAACGGACCUCUCUACGAAGACGAAGGCGAGGACGGUACAGAGGUGUGAUUAUUGCAAUUAGUCGGCGAGUAUUUAAGAUAGCAAGUGCCAAAUUGGCUGAGCUAUUAUAAAUUGUUACCGUUGCUAGCAUAAACUUCAAUAUUUGCAAUACAGGACCAUUAGUGCCUUUACGAAUAAUUCGCGGCAAAGACUGAGUUGAGAAACCUAAAUGCCAUGUAUGAAUGAGGAAAACAUAACUGUCGAAUAGAACAUAAGAGGAAAUCAGGGAUAUAAGACAUAAAACAUGUACAAUAAAUAGUAAAUAAUGAAGUCUCUUCGAUUUAUUUUCAGGGCUUUUAACACACUAACGUACAUCCAAAGACAAAGAAGAAAACACGAACGCGUCAAUAAAGAGAAAAAAUAAAGCCUAACAUGUAAUAAAAAAUUCCAAAAAUAAGAAAUUAUAAUGUGUGUGUAUAUAUAUGCAUGUAUAAUAACUAUACUAUCAAUUUUUUACCAUAUAUGAAAGAGAUAAUACGCUAUAUCAUUGUAUA